GUGCAGAGGGAGGACUCGUACAUACGUAGCGUGGCCGGAGGAAAGAGUAACGAGGAAAACCCUUCAAUAAAACCACCAACACGUCGUCCAUAUCUAAAUUUAGGGCGUUUCGUGUGGUCUGACGGUUGACUGAGGAGCGUGACUUCUCGUGCCCGUGGAUACGUCUUGUUUUCAUACAUUUUAGCGGUGAAGCAAGACCGAAAUGUGACAGACUGAUGGAGACGUGAAAAUAUAAGAAAGCCGAUGAAUUAACGUCAAAACUGAAGUGAAAUGACAUGAAAAUAAGCAAGAAAUGGGAUAUUGGAAGUAUUGGACGUAAAAAAGAUGGAAGUUAUGAAUGGAAAGUGUUUAUGAGGACCUAGUUGUGGUUAUCUUAGUGUGUUCGUGCGUGCGUGGGCGGUGACAUGGGCGUGGCCGUGCCGGUGCGUGGGCUGGCUGGCGUGUUCUGGCGGACGCUGCGAAAACGAAGCUCCCUCACCCUCAUCCUCGUGCUCUCCUUCUCCUUCUGCCUCCUACGCUCCGCCAGAAACCCUGAACACGUGGAGGAACGGGCGAUGGCGGCGCGGGAGGAGGAGGAGGGCGAGGUGAUCACAGCUCGGGAGGUACAGGACACACUUAUGCUGAUGCAGGAAGCCGUGACCACCGUGGAGUCCAAGUGCCGAAGGAUGGCGCUGCUCGGGGGCGUCCUGACGUGUUCCUGCAGCGACAAGAAGUGCGCGAGGGACGGGGGAAAGUUCCUGUGUCUGGAUCCUGACGUCAUGCCGCCGCCUCGCUCCUGCCUCGCUCUCAACUUCGGCAUCGGGUAUGAAUUCAGCUUCGACGAGGCUUUGGCCAACUACGGCUGCCGCGUCAUCGCCCUUGACCCCACCAACUCCAACGUGACGAACCGUGUGUACCAAGCCAACCUGACCCACAGCCUGCCCUCCGUAAGGCUAAAAGGUUCAAGAGAGGUACUAGCGUCACAUAGAAACAUUCACGCCCUUUCCCUUGGCCUAGCGGAUAAGGACUACACGAUGGUCCUCAACCUCACAACUGACGGUGUAGGCUACAGGACAAAUGUGGCCGCCUACCUCACCUACAGGUCCCUCCUUCGCAUGUUGGACAACCCUCGCAUCGACCUACUCAAGAUUGACAUAGAAGGGAAUGAGUGGGAUGUCUUUCAAGAGAUCCUAGAAUCCCCUGACGCUGCUAAGCUCCUCCAACACGUCCGCCAGAUCCUGAUGGAGGUUCACUUUGAUUUCCUGAAGCCCUCCAUGACCGCCGAUGAGGUCCUGCAGGCGGCGUGGCGGGCGAUUGGAAUCCUUCGGCGUCUCAGGGACUUCGGGUUUCGCUUGGCGGCGGCCGAUCUCAACGACACGGCUCAGAGCUACAUGUUGUUCGGAUCGAUGAAGUUGGCGCUUUUCCGGGAGAUUACUUUGAUCCGAAGAGGUGUCAUGGCUGUCUAGGGUGUGAUUAGCGUGCAGGUGUUGUAGUGUGGCCUAGAAGGUGUGUGUUAAGACUUACGAGGAAGUGUUUAGUAGAGAUGAGUGAAGAUGUGGAUAUGAGCGUUAUGCUUAUAGGGGUGUGCUUCGCUGGAUAGGGUGUGUGUUUGUGUGCUCAAGACUAUGAAUGAGUGUUAGUGUGUCAGAAUGUUCUCAGGACCUGGGUGUAAAAUAGAGGACGUGAAGGGAGGUGCAGGACUUAUGAAACAGGAUAUAAGAACUUCAUUUUACAGCAAGCAAAUCAUGGCAAAAGUUCAGGUUGUAAAAAUAUUAAUGAAAGCAGCAUCGGAUAGAGGAAAAAGUCAAAUGGAAAAGUUAGAGAGAUGCAGGACGUAUUCAACAUGUUCCUUUUUUUUUUCUUUUUUUGUCAUGAAUAAGAGAGAACAAAUGUCAAGAGAAAAGAAAUAAGGAGAACACGAUCGCACAGAGAGAGAGAGAGAGAGAGAGAGAGAGAGA